GUUGCAGUAAUAAUUCUGACACGUAAGGCUUUCCGUAGAAAACAGGUGGACAGGUGAGAGCGGUCAAAGCUGCUGAUGACGUUCAUUUAAAGUCACGUGAUCAAUGCGAUCAGAGUGUGUAUUGAUCAGUGUUAAGCGGCCUGUAGUGUGUGUGUGUGUGUGUCUAGGUGUGUGUGUGGGGAGGGGCUGAGGAGCUGGGCCGGUCAGUGCCCUCCCCCUCCCCCCCGUUCUGUCCUCUGAUUGGCUGCCUCUCUCCUCUCGCGCAGCGGGCGCUGCUCCUCUUCAGAUCCAGGUUGAACCCGCGCGCAUCCAGGAGUCAUAUCGGACCCGGACCAGAACCUACAAGGAUCCCGACCGGAACAGACCCGAACUGGACUCUCCUCUGUCUCUCUUCCAGCUCGGUACGGUCGAACCCUUCCCGGUUCGGUUCGGAUCUUUUUCCUCCUCCUCUUCUUUUUUUCUCGCUCUUUUGCGCAUCUUGGAUCUCGUUCUGUCCCGGUUCCGACCGACAUGUGUGGGGAACCGAACCGGACCAGAGCGCACCGUACAGGGCUGUGAACGCAGGACCACGGCGUGCCGUUGCGCGCGCCCCCGGCCGUGCGCGUGAAUGAAGAGAUGGAGCGGAAAGUCCUGAGUCAGGUGGUCUGCGUGUGUUUCCUGCUGAGUGGACAAGUUUCCUCGUUAGAGCUGACCUGUGAGACGUUGAUCCUGCUGUCCACCAACCUGACAGCGAGGAUGUUGGUGCUGCUCAACCAGACGUUCACCAUCAGCAACUCCUCAGGUGUGUACUGUGACCUGUCAGUGGACGGCAUCGGGACCUGCUGGCCUCGCAGCGCAGCUGGAGAGCUGAUCUCCAGACCCUGUCCAGAGCAGUUCAAUGGCAUCCACUACAACACCACCAACCGGGUCUACAGAGAGUGCCAGUCCAACGGAACCUGGGCGCCUCGAGGAAACUACAGUCAGUGCACCGAGAUCAUCGUCCUGAGGAAGAGUAAAGUUCACUAUCAUGUGGCCGUGAUCAUCAACUACCUGGGUCACUGCAUCUCUCUGGGGGCUCUGCUGCUCGCCUUCAUGCUCUUCAUGAGACUCAGGAGCAUCCGCUGUCUGAGGAACAUCAUUCACUGGAAUCUGAUCUCGGCCUUCAUCCUGAGGAACGCCACCUGGUUCAUCGUCCAGUUAACCAUGAACCCAUCGGUUACCGAGAGCAACCAGGAUGAUGGCCAUUUUUCAAGAUGGCCGCCGGUUUAUGAGCCUUUCAAACCAAAAUAUUGCCAAAAAAAUCAGAUGCCAAAACUGAAACUAAGGACUUUGUUGUUUGAAAGUCUCACACCAGUCGUCAGCUGGGAGAAGAUGAAGAUGUCAGACACAAAUAGAGAGACAGUCGUCUUAAUGGUGUGGUGCAGGUUGGUGACUGCAGCCUACAACUACUUCCAUGUGACCAACUUCUUCUGGAUGUUUGGGGAAGGAUGCUACCUGCACACCGCCGUGGUGCUCACCUACUCCACUGACAAACUCAGAAAGUGGAUGUUCAUCUGCAUCGGCUGGGGUAUUCCGUUUCCCAUCAUCGUGGCGUGGGCUUUUGGGAAGCUGUACUACGACAACGAGAAGUGCUGGUUUGGCAAGAAGACAGGUGUUUAUACGGACUACAUCUACCAAGGUCCUAUGAUCCUGGUCCUGCUGAUUAACUUCGUCUUCCUGUUUAACAUCGUUCGGAUUCUGAUGACCAAACUGAGGGCAUCGACCACCUCAGAGACCAUCCAAUACAGGAAGGCGGUGAAGGCCACACUGGUGCUGCUGCCCCUGCUGGGAAUCACCUACAUGCUUUUCUUUGUGAAUCCAGGAGGAGAAGACGAAGUGGCUCAGAUCGUCUUCAUUUACUUUAACUCCAUCCUGGAGUCUUUCCAGGGCUUCUUCGUCUCCGUCUUCUACUGUUUCCUCAACAGUGAGGUGCGCUCCACAGUGAAGAAGCGUUGGAUACGUUGGCACGAUCGUCACUCCAUCCGCAGCCGGACGGUCCGCGCCACGUCGCUGCCCACGUCGCCCAGCAGGGUAUCCUUCCACAGCAUCAAACAGUCCUCCAACCUCUGACACGCCGCCUCGUCCAAUCACUGCCUCUGAUGUGAACCGUCACCAAUCAGUCACCUGGAUUGGACCAAUCACAGCGCAGGACACGCGUCUGCGAGGCCAAUCAUGAGGAAAACUGUCAGUCCAGACUCUGAUUGGCUCACAAGCUGACCAAUCGUUGGACUCGAUGACUCAGCUGCUUUUAACGGGUCACGUGACGCACCAGGCAGCUAUGUUCGUGUAUUUAUUGAUCAGGUGUUUGUAUAAUAGUAAUCACCAGCUUUUUCUCCUGCGGGCCAGCAGGGGGUGCUGCUGAACAUGUAAAGCCUGGUUCUUUGGUUUGUGUUGCUGUUGAGCUUGGUUCUGUUCUGCCACAUCGAAGCACAAACUUCUAAAGGUUCUGAUGGUCGGGAAUCAUUCUGGGGGUCAAACAUGUUUCCAACCUUGAUAUUCAUAAACAAGGAGAUGUUCCUCAUUUGAAUCUUAAUCCCAAACACUGUGGCUAAAGCUAACUCUGAACAUCUGGAACAGGGGUGUCCAAACAUUUCGUCACAUGGGCCAAAAUCGUCAGCUCAAAAAUACUCUAUCAUUUUUAAAAACUAAAAUCACCAAAAAAACUUUCCGUUUUUUUAGCUACUCAACCAAAACUUAAUAUCAACUAUUUUAAUUUAACAAUUACAUUUUUGUUUUUGUAAUGGGAAUAGGAUUGUAGAUCCAAAACUUUUUAUUCU